ACAGUGGCUGAUGUCCCAACCUGGGCUCUCCCCACCCAGAUACAACAAGUUCCACAUGAGCCAUGGCGGGACAGUGCCAGUGUGGGAUGGUGCCACGCUGCUGCCCUCCACACGCUUGCUGCUGAAGAGGAGGGAGGUGGCAGAGGUGGAGCGGGCACUGCAGAGCCAGCAGGAGGUAAGGGCAGCCCCCAAGCCCUUCCUGGGGCACGCUGUGGUCCUGCAGGAGUUUCAGCAAAGGAUGGAGCAACUGGCACAGCGCCGGCAGCAGCUAGGCCAGAGGGAGAAGCAGUACCAGGAUGUUGCUCUCAAAUAUGAUGCCUUCCUGAAGGCAAGGCAGGAGCAGGCUCUGCAGCACGCAGACAAGGAGCGGGCACAGGCGGCAGAGCAGGGUGCCAAGGCUGCCCGUCUGCUCCGGGAGCUGGAGGGGCUGCUGCAGCACAGGGACCGCCUGGCCCUGCGCCUGCAGAGCCUCCAGGGCUUCAGUGACUACCUGCAGGCCGUGCUGGCCAGGGCAGGGCAGUUCCAGGAUGUCCUGGCCCUGUUGGCCCAUUUCGAGGCACUGUCAAGGUCAUGGGCAACCCUGGCACGAGAGGCAGAAGGCGAGCAGGAGCAGCUGGCCGAGGGCUGGGCACAGCUCCAGCAGCACCAGGAGAAGGUUGACAACAAGCUCCUGAGCACCAGCAAUGAGGUGCCCCAACUCCAUGAAUGCCUGGAGGCUGCCCCCCAUGAUGUGAUCCAGAAGGAGCCCUGCUGGGCCCACGUCCAGAGCAUGGCACCUCAGAGGACCCUGCUGCUGCACCAGAUCAAGCUGGCAGUGCUGAACCUCUUCCAGCUCACCACCACCUGGCUCAAGGUCCCUGGGGACACAGCCCUGGAGGACACUGAAGCUCAGCUGGACACGGUGCUGCUUUGCAUGCAGGACCUGGCUGCCAUCUGCGCUGAGCUUUGCCCCAAGCAGCUGGAGCCACGUCCCUGAUGCUUGCCUGCUGCCACCAGCAUGGGCCCACAGGGGUACCAGAGUGCCCUCAAGCCAGGAGAAGCCCCUAGAGCCAAUCACCCACUCCUAGGCUGGGCCUCAGGACCACCCUGGGGAUGGAGGCUGCUCCUCACCACUGCUGAGAACCCCUACGACAAGAGGUGAUGUGGAUGGCAGUGGCAGAGAGGACACAGCGAGACGGUACCACACUGGCACAGGGGCAGAGCCUCAACCCCUGCAGUACCCUCCCGCAAAGGGCAGAGGCUGCCGUGUAGGAAGGGAGAACUACUGCCUGUUUUCAGGCUGUUGGCAUCUCCAAAGGUGUUUCCUGUCAAAAUAAACCCCUGCAGGACCUGGUUGCUUUA